AUGCCGCUUGUCUGGAACUUGGCUGGGAAGGAGUUGGCCAGUGUUCCCUUGGAAGUAAAAGACGUGAGGGCCUUGAAGCAGCAGUUGCAGAAGCUGUACGGCUACCCUCGUUUCAGGCAAGUGAUCCUCCGAGGCAAAGAGACUUUGCGCGAUGAUGACACGUUGCAGCCGCAAGAAGACCUACAGCUCGUGCUGCGGGAAUUUGCAGACGCCACUCUGUCGGAUGCAAAUUCGCUGGUGUUCGCAGUGAAGCGCGACCCUCAAAUGGUUGAAGACAUAUUACAGCGUCCACAAGAUCCAGACCUGCGUGAUGCUUUCGGCAAUCGGCCCCUGGCUAUUGCACAACAGUGCGGUCGCACCGCCACACUUGUAAGGCUUCUGGAGGCCAAGGCGGAUGUGGAUGAUACAUGGCUUGAUGGCAGUACAGCGCUUCUGCGGGCAUCUCGUCUGGGCCAGCUGGAAGUUGCCUAUGUACUGUUGCAAUUCCGUGCGAAUGUUGACAUGGCAACCAACGAUGGUGAUACAGCCCUUUUUCAUGCAUCUCGCCGAGGUCAUGUAGCACUUGUUCAGGCGCUUGUGGAAGCAAAGGCUACUACAAACUUGCCGGACAGCAGCGGCGACACACCUCUCAUCUGCGCGGCCAGCCAAGGUCAAAGCCAUGUCCAGAUCGUACGUCUUCUGUUGGAGGCGCGGGCUGACAAGGGCAUCCGCUCCAGGAAUGGCAAAACCGCCCUCAUCUGCGCAGCACAGCAAGGUGUGGGCGACGUGGAUGUUUUACAGGCCCUCUUGGAGUCUGCCAACAUAAAUGUCCCUGACAGAAGUGGCAAGACGGCCCUCAUGUAUGCCUCUCGCCGCGGCCAGCUGCAAAGCGUUCGUUUGCUGUUACAAGCAAGGGCUGCCGCAGACUUGACUGAUGAAGGCGGCGAAACGGCACUGAUUUUAGCUGCUAGCAGAGGGCACCUGGAAGUUGUAAGUUUGCUUUUGGAAGAUUUGCACCGCCGUCCCUUCAUGCGGGAUUUCUGCACAGUUCUCCAGAAGUUCGGCCAGGUUUUGACCCUGCCAACAGCGCCCGAAGUGGCUCGCAAGGCAGCCCGCGAGGCGAUCGAUUUCCUCAGGCCCUACGCAGACGUGGAGAGGAGUCUUGAGUUUCUCCUUUCAAACCACACGGAGGGUCUCGUGCGCCGCUUCGGUGAGGCGGUACUUCGAGGGUUAGCAGCCGCGCAGUCGGAGGGAGCCAUCCUCGAGGAUGUUGGAGCAGAACUCCAACAGUGCUGGCAAGCUGCGGUGGACAAAUUCGAGAAGAAAUGCCAUGAGGUGUACGAGCUGCACUUCUAUUCAGUCUUCCUGGAGGUCAAGGGAGACCGAGCCCUGCUGGAUCAGACCUUCCGAGUAAUUGGCGGCCAACUGCAACUGUCUCGUGGGUCGCUCCUGACAUGCCUCGAAAAGACCAGGCCCUGGGCAGAGGCAGCAUUAAAGGUUUUCGCGAAGCGGCAGAAAUCGCGCCUGCUGGAGAGACUCCAUGCUGACGCGCUGCGCUCAUGGAAGCAGACGUGGCAGGAGAUCCCUCGACCACCAGAGACCGGAAAGUUGGGCGCCAAAUUCUGGGACAGCAACUUUAUCCACCUUUACAAGAUUGCCUGGCCAGACCUGGUAGAGGCUUUCGAGAAUUUUUAUCUCGUCGGGCGCUGUCCGACAGACCUGGUCCGACAACUUCGAUUGAGGGUGGAUCCGCCAUUCUCGCACCAGGUGACCAAAUUCUCCUGGCAGGCGCUGUUGCGUGGGCACAACAGGAUAUCUGACAUCUUGGACAUGCUCAUUGAGGAGGUGAUGCAAGACAUCUCGCGCUGCAUCUACAGGUCAAAUCCAUCAGACGACGAGGUCAUCGACGUGGAGGUCACUGCGAGCGUGGGCAUGCCACCGCGCGCGCGCCGCGCGGACGAGAAGGUGCUGACGAGGAAGUCUUCAGGCUCUUCGGGCCAGCUGCAG